UCCCGCUCCCAGCAUGCCGUGCACCGGGCUGUGUGUGACUCCAGUCAGCGGGGAGGAUCGGAGACGUGUGUACGCUGGAAGCAUGGAGCAUUUCUUGCGGGGCUGCAGAGCCGCCUUACAGAAAAAAGAUGGCGAUGACUUCCACGUGGUCCUCGGGAACGAAGCCUGUGACUUGGACUCCAUGGUUUCGGCUAUCGCCCUGGCCUACUUCCUGUCCAAGACCUCUUCCAGUAAAAAUUUGGUUCAUAUCCCGGUGCUGAACAUUCCCCGAGAAGACUUCCCGCUCAGGACGGAAUGCGGCUUCUUCCUGCGGGAGAACGGAAUAUCAGAAGAACUGUUGACGUUCCGCGAUGAAGUGGACCUGACUGAGCUCUAUGACGCGGGGCAGCUGUCGUUGUCGCUGGUCGAUCACAAUGUGCUGCCCAGGUCUGACUCGUUCAUGGAAGACGUGGUCACCCAGGUCAUCGACCACCACAUUUUGGAGCGGAGGCCUUCUGCCAGCUGUCCGGUGACGUUGGAGCUGGUGGGAUCCUGCACCACGCUGGUCGCGGAGAAGAUCGUCCAGGAGGCACCACAAAUCCUUGACUUCCAGCUCGCGUCUCUGCUUCGAGGUACCAUCGUCUUGGACUGUGUAAACAUGGCGCCAGCCGCCGGCAAAGUGACCCCAAAGGACACGGAAUACGUCGCCAUCCUGGAGUCGAAGUUCCCCGACCUGCCACCGAGGGGCAGCGUUUUCGACUCGUUGCAGAACAGCAAGUUCGAUGUCUCAGGUCUCAGCACGGAUCAGAUGCUCCGGAAAGAUCUGAAGGCCCUGACAAGUCGUGACGUCAGUUUGGCCGUCAGUGCCAUCUACAUGCACAUAUGGACCAAUAGGAAGGAGUUCCUGCAGAGGGACGGAUUGGAAAGAGAUCUACAAGCAUUCUGCCAAAAAUACGACUACAAUGUCCUCGUGGCCAUGGCCAUCACCUUCACCGCGCACAAUGAGCCCAUCAGGCAAAUUGCAGUGUACAGCCAGCAGGGGGAGCUCAGGGACCUGGUGAGCAGAGCCUUGGAGGAAGCCAGGAGCCCGCCCCUUGACUUGUCUCCGAGCGACGGCGACCCUUGCCAUCACGUGACCGCCUACCGCCAGGGCAACACAGCGGCCUCCCGUAAAAAAGUCCUGCCCAUCCUGAAGGAGCUCCUGAGGUCGAGCGACAGCUCCUGCUGCCCCAUGCAGGCGUCCCAGGAGGCCGAGGACUCCAAUGGACAGUCGGGAUUCCACGAGCGAAGCGCGGGCAAUCAUUUCGAGGCGGCCGAGUUCCCGCCGGACGACGGGGACUACCAGGACGAGAUGAAGGGGAGGGGCUACCGGGCCCGCUUCAGGAAACAAUUCGAGGACGGCUUUGAGGACGAAAAGUCCUUCCCGCCCACCCCCAUGAACAGUCUGGUGGAAGGUUGCCCCUUGGACCGAGGCCUACCCAAGCUGACGGUGGAAGCCAUCUUGGAAAGGAUUAGCCGCAUUACCGUAGGGGAUUCGGAGGGAAAUUUAAACACCGGGAGCCAAUCACGGGUCCUAAAAAAAUAGGCU